GGUACUACGAGCGGUGCUGUUGGUGGUUCUGGGAUGACUUCUGUUACUUUAGAUGUCAGUGGAUUGGAACCAUUUAAUCCAGAAGGAGAGGCGCACAAUUUAAGUCAGCGAUGGAAGAAGUGGAAGCGAGCGUUCAGUUUGUAUGUGACCGGGAAAGGUGUAUCGAACGACGCUCAAAAACGUGCUUUGCUGUUGCAUGUCGCUGGGAUGGAUGUGCAAGAAAUUUAUCUCACACUAGCUGGUGAGGGUGGAGAUGCAAGUUUUGAAGCAACGUUAAAGGUGUUGGACGACCAUUUCGUGCCAAAGGCGAACAUUCCCUUUGAGAGACAUUUGUUUCGACAAAUUUCGCAAGGGAUCGGAGAGACAGUUGAUCAGUUCGUUUGUAGAUUGCGUCAGCGAGCAGCGACUUGUGAUUUUGGCGCCGGCGAGGAUGACUACAUUCGCGAUCAGCUCAUAGACAAGUGUUAUUCGAGCCAUUUACGCCGGAAAUUUCUGGAAAAGGAAGGAACUGUUACGCUAGAUGAAUUGUUGCGUGUUGCAAGAUCUCAAGAAGCGGUUGAUCGACAACUGAAGCAAUACAGUACCGACCAAGCAGAUAACCAGGUCAAUGCAGUGGGUGGCAAGCUGUAUGGAAACAGAAAUCCCAGGAAAGCAAAGACGUGCUUUAGCUGCGGACAAGAAGGACACUUCAGUCAAGACAAAAAGUGCCCGGCGCGUGGUCAAACUUGCAGGAAGUGCGGCGAAACAGGCCAUUUCAAAGUUAAAUGCCCUCGACUCCAUCAGCUAAGCAGGACCCAUUCGGGAUCUAGAGGACCUGAGAGUAGUAGAGGCGGACGCGGCAGAGGAGGCAGGAGUGCUGGUGGACUGGGUCGAGGUGGACGCGGACGCGGAGGGCGAGAGACGAACCUCGUGACUGGAAGACCUAGCCCUGGAGAAGAAGACAAAGGAGACUUCGCUACACCAGGUCGUUCGCAAAGACCCGAUUAUGCCUUUUCAGUGGAACAGGUGAAUGAUCGCAAGGAACAAAGGAGCGCUUUGGUAACGCUGGUAAUUGGUGGUGUAGACGUACCCGAUGUUCUCAUUGAUUCGGGAGCUUCAUGUAAUGUUAUGGGCCAGCAGACCUGGGAGUUGUUAAAGCAAAAGGGGAUUAACUGUGAAUCUCGCAAAUCUGCAAAGGAACUUUUUGCUUAUGGUGGUACAGAACCUUUACCGACCCUAGGAACGUUCACGGCAGAUGUCACGCUGGCUGGGUUUGAAAACGGAAGUAAUGCUGAUUUUGUAGUGGUUGAAGGCGAUGGUCGCACGCUGUUGGGCCGAGAGACUGCCCAGGCGCUAAACCUGUUGCGUAUUGGUCCUUUUCAGACAAACAGUGUUGACGGUGGGCGAUCGGACGGGGAUGUCAGAGAGAAAUACAAGCACUUGUUUAGUGGUGUUGGUCUUUUGAAGGGCUACGAGCUUAAGCUACACAUUGAUGAGUCGGUGAAGCCUGUAGCGCAGCAUGUACGCAGGAUACCGUUCGGGUUACGCGAGAAAGUGGAUGCAAAGCUGGAUGAACUUUUGGAGCUUGACAUUAUAGAGGAAGUGCCGGAGGGGCCGUCAGGAUGGAUUUCGCCGUUGGUGGUGGUUCCCAAAAGCGAUGGCGACGUAAGAGUCUGUGUUGAUAUGCGUCGUGCAAAUGAAGCAAUCGUCCGAGAGCGUCACCCAAUUCCAACCGUUGAGGAGCUGUUACACGACUUGAAUGGCAGUACGGUGUUCAGCAAGAUAGAUCUCAAGUGGGGUUUUCACCAGAUUUUACUCAGUGAGGAAAGUCGCCACAUCACUACCUUUGUCACGCAUCGAGGGCUUUAUCGUUACAAGCGGUUGAUGUUUGGCGUAACGUCGGCGCCGGAGAAAUAUCAGCAGAUCAUUAGAGAUGUGUUAAGGGGUUGCGAACAUUGCGGACGAUCUCAUUGUUCAUGGGUGUGACGUGGAGGAACAUGACAAGCGUCUGUUUGCGGUGUUAGAUAGGCUGAGUGAAGUGGGGUUGACGGUGAACGGAGACAAGUGCGAGUUUAGAUUGUCAAGGCUUACGUUCUUUGGUCACGAGCUGACUAGUGACAGCAUAAACCCAUCCGAAGAGAAGAUUGCUGCUAUAAGAGAUGCUAGAUCUCCCAAAGACGCAAGUGAAGUGCGAUCGUUUAUGGGUCUUGUCCAAUAUUCCGCUAAGUUCAUGCCUGACGUGGCGUUCGUGGCCAAGCCUAUUCAAGAGUUAACCAGGAAGGGCAUCGUGUUUCACUGGGGUAAAGAGCAGCAAACAGCCUUUGAGGAACUGAAGCGUCUAAUCACCCAGGCAGAGACACAGACGCAGAACGCGAAUCAUUGCUGAUGCGUCUCCAGUUGGAUUAGGAGCGGUUCUCACUCAGCAGCAGGGGGGGAAUGUGGAGAGUUGUCUCUUACGCGUCGAGGAGCCUAACUGACGUGGAACGACGCUACAGCCAAACAGAGAAAGAGGCACUUGCCUUGGUUUGGGCGUGUGAACGGUUCAGCAUGUACGUUUCCGGACAGAGCUUCGAGUUGGAAACAGAUCACAAGCCUUUAGAGCGUGUCUACUCGCGCACUUCAAAGCCUUGCGCCCGAAUAGAGAGAUGGGUCUUAAGACUACAAGGGUACGAUUUUAAAGUGGUGUACCGCCCAGGGAAGACAAAUAUAGCCGACGCGUUGUCCCGUUUGAACUCCUUGGAUCAAGUGGACCAUGGAGAAGACUACGACUUUGUCAGAGCCAUUGCUUUAAGCUGUAUACCCGUUGCUCUAUCACCUACAGAAAUUGAAGAAGCUUCUUAUUUUGACGAAGAAUUGACGAUGGUAAAGAGUUGCGUGAGGUCAGGGGACUGGGACCGGUGUACACUUCCCUCGUAUGCACAAGUCAAGGACGAACUAUGCGUCUAUGGUGAGCUAUUGCUUCGCGGCACAAGGAUUGUGGUUCCCAAGCUCCUGCGCAACAGGGUGGUGCGGCUGGCACACGAAGGGCACCAGGGUAUAGUGAAGACGAAGUAUCGGCUCCGUAGUAAAGUUUGGUGGCCGGGAAUGGACAAGGAAGUUGAGAAAUUUUGUAAAGUUUGUCAUGGCUGCCAGGUCACUUCUGGAUUUAACCCUCCUGAGCCGAUGUCCCGCGUUCUUCCUCCAAGUGCUCCUUGGCAGGAUUGUGGAGCAGACCUGCUGGGACCCCUACCCACAGGAGAGAGUAUUUUGGUGGUGAUCGAUUACUACAGUCGUUUCUUAGAAGUUGCUAUUCUGAAGUCUACAACAAGUGCCAAGGUCAUCGAAGCACUUGCACCCAUGUUUGCCAGAUUCGAUUUUCCGUUCUCUUUAAGGACAGAUAAUGGGCCCCAGUUCGUAUCCGAAGAAUUUGAAGCAUAUUUACGCACAAAUGGUAUUGAGCACAGGAAAACGACGCCGUUGUGGCCUCAAGCUAAUGGAGAGGUGGAACGCCAAAAUCGCUCGUUACUUAAAUGUCUACAGAUUGCACAUUUAGAAGGAAAGAACUGGAGAACUGAAUUGCUUGUAUGGUUGAUGGCGUACAGAUCCACUCCGCAAACGACGACGGGGACUACCCCCUGUUACAUGAUGUUUGGCCACGAGGUUAGGUCCAAAUUGCCAGAGUUAAGGAGAGAGACGGUCGGGGUGCCAGGCGAAGAAGUGCGAGAGCGGGAUUGGUCAAGUAAAUUAAAGGGCAAAGCUUAUGCAGAUCUCAAGAGAGGUGCCACGCCCAAGAGCAUACGUGUUGGUGACACGGUACUUUUGAAAGCCGAAAAAACGAACAAGUUGUCUACCAACUUCAACCCUGCUCCUUUUAAGGUGGUUCAGAGGACAGGAACAGAGGUAACGCUUAGGAACGAAGCUGGUGUGCAACUGAAAAGGAACACUGCGUUCGUAAAGAAGUACAACGAGCACAAUGGUGUAUCCAAUGGCAACGAAGACCAAGUGGUACAAGCAAGUUCUACAGUACAGACAGAUGAGCCAGGGCCAAGCAGAGUUCCGGAGACGACAGAGGUAUCAGGGCCAAGCGGAAUUCCAGGGACUACAGGAGUAUCUGAAAAUUCCCAAGUACAAGCUGGGCAUUCUACCGAAAAGGAAGAUGACGCAGCGGGAAGGCCUGUGCGGAGGUCGACCCGAACUAUAAGACAGCCUGCGCGCUAUAAAGACUUUGUCCUGGAUGUUUAGGACUUCUUCUUUUUUUUUCCUGUUUUGUCUAGUUUAAUUCAAAGACUUUGUUUUGCUGAACAUUUAGGGUUUUUGCAGCCUUUAAAAACUGCCUUCCUGCCAAAUUUGAUCAAAGAAGGGAAUGUAGUGUAUACGAUGCUAAUGCAAGCGCGUAGAAGCGAGAGAAUGAAUGUGAUGUAAUACACACGGGAAUUACGUAAUUUGCAUGUACUAUAGAUAGCGUGUGUUGUAAUUUAUUCGAGUGGGUUAGCGUUCUGAGUUCGGAGUGUAACGGUCGUGAAUAAAAUGUGUUUUAACCUAACCGCGGUUCUACACGGCCCUCUAAAGGAAUUCUGCAAUCAGCAUUGCAGUUGAGGGCGGUUAAAGAAGCUGUGUGGCGAAAAUUUAGACAAAUUCAGCCACUGGGAAUGGUCCACCAAAUUGAGUGAUUCAGAAACCCUUUCAGUCCAGAGAGUGACCAAGAUCAAUUUUCUCUUUACGAUAUCAAUAUACGACGAAAAGAAAAGGGUGUGAGAAUUGAAAAAAUGGUCACUAAAGGGAAAAUGCUGUUGAUCUUUUUUUAAUACCACUGUAAGGAAAUGUACAGAGAUCAGUCCGGAGAAUUUGGAUUUGGCUGUAGGCUUUUACGCUGGCUAGCCAUCUUUCCACUCAUACUCAAUAUUUAUUAUUGUGUUUAAGCCGGAAGGAGUGCCACAAGACUACUCUAUCAGUCUGCUGUUGGAUCUUAACUCAAGUAAGAAUGAAACCUUACUUAGAAACAUAAUGCAUGGUUGUCUUUUGUAUUAUGUUCAUAACCACGAGUUUUUGUUUGCAAGGGGAGAUUUGUUUAUGAGUAAUUUCUCCGUGCAUCAUUUCAAUCAUAAAUAGUUCUCCUAAACUCGGAAAAUUUCACAGAAAUUAUUUAUCUUAAGUUUGAUACCGAAGUGUAUCAAGAACGGUCUGGUCUCUAGUCGUAAACAGGUUCUGCAACAUGACAGGAGUUGAAGUCUCCUAGGUCCAUACCCUUGUCUUGUACAAAAGGGCCUACAAAACGUGCUUCGGAAAUCCCUCUUGCUCUUCCUGCUUUUAUGCUUGCAACGCUUGCCUCGUGCGAUGAGAAAGUCUAGUAAGGCAUUCGACUUUGUAUUUUUUUACAAUUCGUAGCAACCCAAAACCAAAGUAACUACUACGAGACAGCACAGUCUAAUCGGCCAGUCAUAUUGCGAAAUGUAUGUAGCCCACACCAAUCGCGGGAAAUGGUGUCAAGCAAGUUGCAUUUGAUUUUGAUUUCCAGUAUAUCCAUUCGUUAAGUCCUGUUUACACAAGUGGUUUUAGUGCCAUUUUCCCUUUUAUUUUGAUGUGAUUUUAGGUACGUGCGAUUUCAAAUCACAUCGGUGAACUAAAGCGGUCAUUUCAUACCGGUUUGUCUGUCCUUUUUUCUCAACGAAUUUCUGUUCGAGGUCAGCUGAAAACCUAUCCUAUGUCUCUUGGUGGGUAAGUGUUAAAAUCAAAUGCGCCCUGCGGUAAACAAGGGCUAUUGUACCAUCAUAACCAGAUCUGCCUUAAACAUUUUUCAUAUAUCUAACCCACUUAAUAUUGUAAUACAAAAAAACGAUCCCGAAUAAUGUUUUUAUUAUUACCCUUUUGAAGCUUCAAGCCUGUCACGCUCGUUGGAUCUCAAUGUACCACCAAACACUGUCAAGGGAUCAGCUAGGGCAACAGUUACAGUGAUGGGUAUGUUUAACCGUGGCCUGCGAAUACAGCCGCCUCUUGUCUCUCCCCAGCCCGUUUCUGACGUUUCAGCGUCGGGGAGCGAUGACAGCUGCGUAGCAAGCUUGUUUUGCUUUUUUCUUUAACAAACUAUCAGUGAAUGAUCGGUGAAGACAUCAAUAGGCGACCGACUGUUAUUUGUAGUUCUGUGUAAUCACACAUCACGAAAUGUGUGUGUUAUGGUAGUUGUAAUUUUAGUGAGGGUAAGUGGUAUAGGUGUGUGAAUUUUUUUUUUUUCAGAAAAUGAGCGUUAUACCGUGUUUUGCUCAUUCUACAAAAUGAAUCAUCCGUUCUUAUCUAAUAAAGAUACCAAAGUGAAGAAUUCCAGAAUAAUUUCCGUUGUAAUUUCUUAACAAUGUUAGCCCAACAUUGAUCAUCAUUAAACAAAGUUAACACACCGUUGAUCAUCAUUAUCCUCGUUCAGGUGACAUUUUGGGCUCCUCCAUAAACAACUUGGACCAGCUUGUGCGCAUGCCUUAUGGCUGUGGGGAACAAAACAUGGUGAACUUUGCACCAAAUAUUUACGUCUUGAAAUAUCUUCAAACUGUGAACCAGCUGACCAAGUCUCUUGAAAAUAAAGCCAAGGGCUUCAUGAUCGCAGGUCAGUGGCAUAAAUCUGACUCACCAAUCAGUGUUGUUGCCCUUUCUUCUUUCUUAGUAAAUUAUUGUCCCAGCCAGUAAAUUUGGCCAAACAAGAGCCGUGGUAAGCGGUUAAAAUAUUACAAAUGGCCAUGCAAGAGAUGCUUGUUGCCUUUUUUUCUCUUUGUAUAAUUGAAAUGGAAUUGCCUUGCGAGUUUCCGUUGCGCUUAUAUCCUUAAAGUAGGAAUGUAGCUUGUCUGUCUCCCCAGUAGGUUCUGGCAAAGUACAUGCCCAUCUCUCAGUUCUUAAAUUGCUGGUUGCGCUCCCACCCUCCCCGUUCUUUCCGUACACCUGGGCAUUUUUGGAUAUCUCGGGGGAGACAGUAGAAGAUAAGUCUUACUUUUGUCCCCAUCGUCCGCCCUUUCCUCCCCAAGAAUGUGGACAUUUUAAUAAUGCGGAGAUUUUUAUUGGCUUAUUUUUCAUACUGUGUGCAAACUCUUGCCUGAAUCUAAGUUGAUCAAAUUCCCCAAAGUACCCGCUCUUUUCAUCCUUUUAUGCCCUGGGCUUGAAGGGAGAGGCACAAUUUCGAAGAAUGCAUCGCACAUCAGUUAUAUCAUGGGCUUUGGAUGGGUUACAGUAAGUUCGUAAAUGGACUGAUAGCGGCUGCCAGUGGCGCCCUUGUAUGCUGACGUCCGAUCUUACUGUUAACAUGUUAAUGUAUAUAGAGGACGCGUCUUUUUGUCCUCUAAUCUACGACAUUACAUAACAUCAAUUAAAUUACAGAUUCUAAUUAUAGCAAAGCUUGAUUUUCUUUACCCCGACUCGUUGUUUUUCUUUUCUAGGCUACCAAAGAGAGCAAACCUACCGCCAUAACGAUGGCUCGUAUAGCGCUUUUGGCGGAAGAGAUGGAUCUGGCAGUUUGUGGUAAGAAUUUGAAAUGCGUUUUAUCAAUAUCUUUUACUUUUUUCAAAGGAGAUACGACACGGCGUUUUCUUCUUUCAUCCUUUUUAUGAUAUCACCGGUUAGCAUAAGUCUUUCCGAAGUCAGUAGCUAAGUUUCUUCUACUCCGCUUUUCUAUAUAAUACACUACACUACAGGACUCUCCAUUGCUUAUCUCAGAUUUUGUUAAAAGUAACGCUAUUUUGUUUUUACGCAGGUUGACUGCAUUUGUGGCGAAAUCAUUUGCACAAGCACGUGCGUUUAUUCCAGAAUACAUCAAUGCUGAGAUGUUAGAACAAAGCCUUGCUUGGAUGUCUCGUCAAACCAACCGUGAUGGUUCUUUCCGAAAAGUUGGAACAGUACACAGUUCUUACCUGAAGGUAGAUAACUUGCUCCUCGCACACACUCUCUGGAAAUGGCCCUCAGCUCUAAUAACUGGAUAUUACACAGUAGAACAUCGACAUAAGGAAGUGCUAAGUUAUUUUAUUUGGAGAAGGGUGAGGGCGUCAAGGCCUCUUUUCGUUACAUCUUUUGUCCCGUUUCUCUUGCGUUACCUGGCCGUGGUCAACUCAGAGACCCUUUAUUUUUUUUUCAUAUAAAAUAACUAAGACAGUGCGCGCGUUCUGAUUGGUUAAAAACCUAUGGUUUAUGUGCCGGUAAACUCAUAGAAAACUUAAAGUUAUUUUAUAAAACCAACAGACCACACUUUCUGUGGGUUUACCGGCGUGAUAAACCACUUGGGAUGUUGGGAGAACACUCGAGAAGCUUGUAAAUCACUCGCCUUCGGCUCGUGAUUUACAAGCUUUUCUCGUGUUCUCCAAACAUCCCGCGUGAGUUAUCACGUCGGUAAACCCACAAAAAGUGUGGUCUGUUUCUUAAGUCGUUUUCAUGGGAGUGCGGGCUAUUACGAGACGCGCGUGGAGCAUAAGACACACGCGUCGUGGGAAGGCGCGCUCCACUUUUGUCUUGCUCUUGCCUUUGUUCGCAGGACAAACGCAAAUAACCCUGACGCCCUUUCUGCAGGAUUCCCCUGUCCCCUGUCCCCUCGUGUUUUUGCGUCCAUGAUGCUGCAGUAAUCGUGGGUACAUAGUUAAAAUCCCUUGUAGAAGUGAAUGGUUGUACUUGAAUAGUCGGUGAUAUACCAUCUUUUAAAACGUACACAUUAACAAGCCUUGUAUUAGCACCUCCGUACCUUCCAACUACAACGCUAUUUUCAAUGUACUCAGGGUGGUCAAGCAGGUACCAUCUCUCUGACUGCAUAUGUACUCAUUGCCUUGGCUGAAGCGAAUUCCAACUCGAAGGUAAGAUUUUCAGUAGUACAUGCUUGCUUGCUAUUAGUAUUAAUGACUGAUAGCCUCGCUAGCAAGCUGGCCGCCUUAUGCACUUUUUUCAAAAAGCAGUGUCAAAGAAAAUUCUUCUGUAUGUUUUUUUGAACUUUGCCAGAGUUUUGUAGCUACGCUUGAUGCCGCGCUAAAUAGCUCUCAAACAUAAAAAUGAACUUCAGUGUCUUGGAUGUGAAGAAACGCUUAAGCGAUGUUUUCCAAUUAAAACAAUCAAACAUAAACUUGAAAACGGUGGUCGGGUUUUUUCUAGUUUCAGUCAACUUUCAUCCAAUUCCCCACUUCAGAAACUCUAUGGAGAAUGUGUACGAACUUCAUGUGCAGUGAUUUCUGGGAUUGUUUGGCAACCACUAAACAAUCGUAAGUAACGCUUGUCCACCCAUUCCCAGAAAUCGUUGCGCUGAAAGCUUGUACCCACUCCCCUUGUAGUUUGUGGGAUGUGGAAUUGACCUUUUUGAGGUUGCCUGUAGACUGAGUGGGUGUUUUGUCAAAUGGCACUAUGCGACUGUUUUGGUGGACGAAUUUUAACCCAGUUUCCUGCCCAACUUCGUAAAUCCAUUCAAAGAAGUGAUAUUGUCCAUACGGUACCAUAGUGAACUUCGACCCAACACUGACCCAGUCUCACGUUUAACCUCGAAGUGGUCAAUCCAUCCUAAGUCAAACACACAUACUAACACUGAUUAUGUGCUAGGGUAUUAACUUCAAUAUUCCCCGAACGUAUUUGAACGGCUUGAUCUAUUCCCACCGUAUUGUCGACUAUUACAUAUCUUGGUGAAACAGGGAUGGGGUUAGCCGAUCAAUGUGUGUCCUUUGUAGGCUGUAGUUAAUGCCAAGAAUAACGCCAUAACAUUCCUGGAAGGCAAGAUCGAUGCCAUGUCAAGUGACGUCAAAGACGCCUACACUUUGGCCAUCACUUCCUACGCUUUGACCUUGGUUGGUAGCUCAAGAAGGACUAAAGCCGUCAACGAGCUGCGCAAAUUAGCGACCGAAAAAGGUAAACCUACGAUUGGCUGACGGGCUGUGUUGUCCACCCCGUCUGGUCUUCAGGCGCUUAACAGUAUGCCUUUUGGACUGACAAAUCUCCCUUCCUCAUUUUAGCGACUAGAAAGAUAUUAAAUUUUGAUAGUAUCUUAACGUGGCAGGCUGGCGUCUUGAAAAACAGGUCACUUUUGCUUGAGACUAAAGAAAUCAGAGUGCAAAAUAUGUGUUAAUGCUCCACUGAGCGGGCCUUUCCCAAUGCGUCAGUGUCGUUUUUGUAAUACUAGCCAAGAGAACUUGUUAAACGUAAAAAAAGAUAGGCGAAAUACCGCACAAAUGUGCUUGACAAGCUCUACUGACUAAAUCACUCACUUGAAAAUUCCUGGGGAAAAAAAUUCAUUCUUAGUAUUAGCUAGUAUUCUUGAAAAACUGACCACGUUUUUUUAGUGAGCGAUCCUGUAUAAAUGUAGUUUUGGUACCUUUAGUUCAAUACCCGCUAACAAUAUGGCCAUGGCGAACAAAAUGUGGUUAUAAUUUACUCAAGUACCUUUGUGUGUUUUUCUGAAAUUAUGCGUAUUAUUUCGAGAAGAAGUAGCUUCUGAUCGCCGUUCGCUUGUUUUUCUUUUCCUUCAGACGGUCUGAUUUACUGGCAGGAAAAACCAGACCAUACACCGAACGACAACCCGUGGCUGCGCCCGUAUUACCGACCACGAACAGCGGACAUUGAAAUAACGGCAUACGCUCUGCUGGCGUACACGCUGGAGAAAGAUAUCGGUGUGGGACUGCCAGUUUCACGGUGGUUAUCACAGCAGAGAAAUUCUUUGGGUGGAUACUCAUCAACUCAGGUAGAUCCCUUUUCACCUUUGAGCCCAAACAUGUACGUGCAUAUUCUCCAAACUUAUCUUUGAACGUUUCUAAGGCAACUUGUUUUAAAACGGAGAUUUAAGUCUUUUCUUGAGAGGUUUUAGUUGUUAUCGUUGACAUUUGCGUUGUUUUAACCAAGUUUAAGCAUUGCUGUCUUCAAUAUUUUCUGCUUGACUUUUCGUAGUUUGGCUUUUAUUACACUACUCGUUUACUAGAAUACGUCCAGAACAAAGGGAUGAAAUGAAGAACAGAACUUAUGUAAAAAGACAUUUUAUCCACAAAAGUUUGAGUUGUGCUAUAGCGUUUGAUACGGCCCACCCACUAGGCUUGUAAAUGUGAAUGCAACAUCAGACCGGCCGAAAAAACUAUCGACCGGAUCAUCACACCAUUUGUUUUCCUUUAGAUAGUGAUUCAUCCGUUGGAUAACGCAAUCCAACUUCCAAACCAAAACGCUCGGAGAAAUACAUUCUUAAAUCCCCUAUUUCCUUCCUAACGGACGCCUUACCAAGAUGGGCUAGUUAAAAUAACCGUCAUAAAUCUUUUUUUUUUUUUAAGGACACAGUUAUGGGUCUACAAGCCCUAGCGGAGUUCGCAGAGCUGAUAUAUUCCCCGGAUAUUGACUUCACUGUUACGCUUACCUCCAGUGCAGACCCGGCCUUUAGUGAGACGAUUAAUGUAAAUCAACAAAACUCCAUGGUAUUGCAGUUAGUAGAGGUAAUUAACCAUUUUAGUCCUCUGCUAGGUACGUAUGGAAUUGGCCAUUGACUAGCAUAAUUUGGUCAGUUUUCCUUUCAUUUUCUCAGUUUAAAUUUAGUACUCUAGUCAACCCUCCAAGUUGGGACCAUUUUUGUCGCCAUGGCGCCUACAUUUUGGAGGUCUCCCUAAACCAAAAGAGUUGGUUGCCAAAUCGCGACCAAGCAAAAACUUUAACUUGGAGGGUUGGUCUAGUAAAGUUUCAAAAACAUGCCAAGGCCGGUAGGAGAUGGGUGGUGAAGAUUGCCCAUGAUCCGGAGGACAUUUAAACUUUCGGUGUUUUCUCCCAUGUGAGAUUCGACGUCUGACUGCAACCAAAACACUAGGGUAAUGCGGCGUGUGCUUUUCAAAGUUUUUGCUGCUGGGGUUUGGAGUUGACUUGGACAAUAUGGUACAACCCCUUCUCUAGCGCUUUGUAGCUAUAAACUGUUUGCAUUCUUUAUAGAUAGCAAACGUGGCAGGGACACUAACAGUGACAGCAAAUGGCCGCGGAAUAGGAAUGUUGCAGGUAUGUAAAUAGAUGUUCAUGAUAGUGGUAAUCACUAACUUAUAUCCCCGGACUCUUGGCUCAUGAUGAACUGAUGCGUAUUCUGUAACUUGAUUCUAAAGAUGACUCUGACUCUGAAGAAAACUUUGUACCCUGAAGAUGACUACCUACCAAACAGGUUGUCGAAAGUCAGUCACUGUCAACAACAGUCCUAUUCCUGACUAAACUUACCUGGCCGAUCAUACAGUAAACACCCGCGAAUAAGAGCCUAGUGGAUUAAGAACUUCCUGGCAAAAAUUUGCCACGUUAAUACUCAAAAAUGAAAGAACCUGUUUAGCCAAGCAAGAUCAAGCAGGUUCUUAUCUGUGGGUUACAGUUAAAUUAUGAUUAACACUGGAAAAAUUUUACCGAACGUGUUUGACGUUGAGAUUGCAUACGUAUAUUACAAGAAAAUACUGUGACAAACUGUAAUUACUUAUAAAAGUAUUACUGUAAUUCCUACAACAAAAACAGGUUUUUAUAAAGUACAGCCUGUAAUAGGCCAUUUCCGAGUUCCCCCGGGCCUCUGUUUCAAAACGAGGGUAGGUGCUCAGCCUUUGAUAUGAAAUCAUUUUUCAUUCUCAUACAAAUAAAACUCAUUUUCACAAGAAGGGUUGUGCACCUAGCCUCAUUUUGAAAGAGAGGGCUUCAUGGACCUUGCAUAAAGGAGGUGUACAAUGUACAGUUGUAAAUACAUACUGUAUAUUCAAGAACCAAACUCAAAUUUCUUUUAUUGUUCUGGCAAUCAACAACAGUGUAACCCUUUCAUAUAAAUUAAGAACCUACUUAGCCUAAAUGGCCGAUAAAUACCCCAAGAAACAAGACGGAAGAACUAUUUGCCAGACUUCAAAAAAGUAGGUUCUUAUUCGCGGGUGUUUCAGUUCUGUAUUCCACCUUCAGUUAUGAAAUGACCUCUGGGUUCAAACGUUUCGCUGUUCUAUAACUUAGGUUGGUGUUUCGUAUAACGUGGACAAAGCUCCGCCGGAAAGUUCGUUCGAUUUCUCGUUGGUCGUCAUGCGGGAAACCGACUAUGAGAUAGAACUCAAAGCUUGCUCUAAGUGGACUGAGAAAGAUCAGGAAUCAGGUAUGGCCGUGAUGGAUGUCGGGAUACCCUCAGGAUUUGAACUGAACUGGGACAGUGUUGACAAGGUGAGAAUGCUGAUAUUUAAGAGUACAAAAAAAUGCGCGGGCACGUUUUUAAGCUACUGUCCUUAAGGCAUUUGAUUUCAUCGGACCUUUAAGGUCUAAGACGAGGACGACUACGUGUACGGGAUUUCCUCAAUAGGGAGCUUAAGCAGCAACGUUUUUGAGCGACGCACGUCAACCGGAAGUGAGGUAUUUUCCCUCUUAACAUGCCUUGAUGAUAUAAAAUUUGUAUUCCUUAGCUUCUUUACUGUUAUAGAGGCGAUUUGACUGAAAAUUUGCGCGAAACCACCGCCAAAAAAUGAAAAAAGGCCACUUCCGGUUGACGUGCGUCGCUCAAAAACGUUGUUGCUUAAGCUCCCUACUACUAAGUAGUACGCGCGCGUAAACCAGCGUCCUUUUGGAAGGAAAACGUGGUGACCAUCAUUAUUCUACUACGUUUUUUAGCGAUAUUAGAGAGCUUUAGAUUCUAAGACGAGGACGACUACGAGAACGAGAUUUCCCCAAUACUAAGUAGUGCGCGCGCGCGCGAACCAACGUCAUAUCAGCGCGGAAAAAAAGAUAGCCAUCGUCAUUCUUUUCGUUUAAUAGAGUAACACAUGUGUAGAAAUAUAAUAGAAAUACCAUUUUUGAGACGUGAAAGGUUAAUACGGUCCGGUUUAUUUCCAUUUCCUCUUUUAUUUAAAGCUCAUGUCGGACUCGUCCCUAAAGUUGAAGCGUGUGGAGUCUCCAGAUCGCAAAGUACUUUUCUACUUCGAUGAGGUAACUUAUUUUGUCGCAUAGCCUUCAUCUUUGGUUUGUCUUGUACUUAAAUUGAUGACACGAGAAUAACGAUCUUUUAAUAAUCAUUCACAGAUCCCAUCGAGUAAAAUGGUGUGCGUUACGGUGACUUUCCAGCGAGCGUAUGAAGUGGGAAAACCUCAGCCUUCGACAGCGUCUGUUUACAGCUACUACGAACCAGGUAAAGGGCACUGACACAGUUUGUGUUCAAAUGCAUGAAGCCUCAAACUUCAAAAAAACAAGGACCUUCUACAAACCCAGCACACUGGAAAGAGCGCCUGUGUUCUCACGUGUUCAUGCACACGGCAGAACAGAUAACGAAGAUAUAUUAAAGCGAUUUUCAUGUGAGCUAGAAAAUGGUUUUCAAAAAGUGUUCAUUAAUUGUUUUAUCGACCAGUAGUUAUAAAAAAUCAAAACUCGUUUUGACGCCAGGGAGUCCCUAAGAUGGAAGAAGCGACAUUCGAUUGUCCGACCGUCAGCAAAGUUGCGUUUGGCGUGGAAAAUUGCUUUUCAGUUAGCAACAGCGAUGCGUCGCGUUUUCGCUAAACCAUGUUUUAGUUUUGUCCACGCUUAAUCAUUUCACUGUAGGAAGCACUUUAAGGUGAAAUCCCUUUGGAUUCUACUAUAUUAGUACCAUCCGGAGACAAAAUCAAAUCAAAUGGCAUGGUCAAGUGUUACAUUUUCAUUUUUUAAUUUUUAAUUUUUUCUUUAAUUUCUCUUUUUUCCACAGUUAACCGUGCCGUGGCCCAGUACGCUGUCGAUUCUCUAAAGGACCAAGGAGUCUGUCGCGUUUGCCCUGAUUGUGUCAACUGUGAAGUUAAACCAUCUGUAAGGAAAGUGAGCUCAGCACCCGGACUGAUGGCUGAAGUCUUGCUUAUUUCGCUAAUGUGCAUCGUGGCUGUGAAAUUGUAUUAGAAUCUUUGUGGUUGGGAAGAGUAAUGAUGGUACGAAGUACUUACGUUACCAGCAUUAAAUCGUUUAGUUUUUUAAUUACUGAAUGACUCCCAAUUAGAGUUUGUUCAGUGCGUUUUCAUGCUUUGAUCAUUCUGGCGGUGGUUUAGUGGCUGUACUUGUAGAAGUUCCAUGAAGAAAUAAUAGUUAGUGCUCACCAUCAAGAACCCUUUUUAAGCGUAACUACAACUGAAGAUAUUUCAUUAGUACUCACACUUUUUGCUUUCAUCUGGACUGCGUGUUGUCCUUUGCGACAAAAUGAGGGACUACACGUGGUGUAGUGCCUUCAGGGUUCAAUGUAGGAGUUAUUAGGGAGCUUAAGCAACUACGACGACGACCACAACGACGACUUCAAAAAAGCAAUCGGUUUAAUGGUCAAAACAACAGCUCUGCACGUGCAUCACGCUUUUUAGUACAUUUCUUUGACGUCCACUGCGCAACUUCGACGUGAAACCUCCCAGUGCGGCGUUUUAUGGAUGACGUGGACAUACGACGACGAAUUUUCCUUCCUCUUUUUGAACCUGAAUAAAAUCCUUAAGAAUUCAACUCCGGGAAACGUCACGGGCGUUUGACAUGUUGAGCGGCUCCAAACAGACGCGAUUAAGUUUGAGAGAAUCCAUUUUUUUGCCGACGUUUUCACUGCCGUCGUCGUCGUCCUUGCCUAAGGUCCCCAAUUCUCUAAAAGCUGUGUUGAACGUUAAGAAGGUCUUAACGUCUGAAACUGCAUUCCCAAAACCUAAGGCCCAGUUCAGACGUCGUGCUUCUGCCGUGCCGAACUUAAUUGAAGUUUGGUUCGACUGUAGCACGGCAGGAAAACAACUUUGAUUCAGACGUCGUGCCAGAGUCGAACCAAAUUCAGGAUUUACUGAUGCCUCGUAACAAUUCUUCUCCCUGCUCCCCGUGGGAACACAAUCUCGCCAAAAUACUUUAAUAUAAUUUAUGAAUUUUGGUUUAGCGCGGCAGAAGCACGACGUUUGAAUCGCUGCCGUGCCAGAGCCGUGUAGCACGACAGUGCUUGUCGAACUUAAUUGCUUGCCGAACUUAAUUCAAAAGUUUGAUUCAGACGCCGUGCUUCUGCCGUGCUUUUGUCGAACUUAAUUCCUGAAUUUAGUUCGGCACGGCAGAAGCACGACGUCUGAACUGGGCCUAAGGUGUAUAAGUCUUUAUUUUUUUGCAACAGCGGCUCAUUCUUAAAAUGCUAAGGACACUGACUUCAUAACCGAGCUGGGGUGACUCCUUAAGUGCGACCCUGCUGUGCAGUUUAUUUUAGAAAUGUAAUGACAGAUGACGUCACGUUAGCCAUGUUGGUAUAACCCAACAAAAGGCAAAUCCUGCUGACGUCAUUGUUUACAUUUUUGCUCAUUAGCAUGCAAGUUAGCCCAGAGAAAACGUCGCUGUAUGUGCAAAUUAGGUUCAAAAGUUGAAAUAGUUGGUUAAUUUGAAAAAUUUGUGCAAUUUUCAGCUCUCUGCAAUCAACAGCAAAGGAAAUAUAGGCAAUCAAAAGCUGCGAAAUUGCUGGGUGGCAAAAACGUUUAUAAGUUCAUACAUUCUUUUUAAAGUUUGGGUUUUUUCAAAAUGAACUUACUCCGAAUUUAUUCGGUGUAUCGGGUUCAAAUGUUCAGAGAUAACUGAAAUUGUUAUGCUCUUACUAUAAUCCCAGAUUUUACUUUAUUAGCGUUAUCAGAUAAUAAUAAGCCAUGUGUUAAUGAGGCAAAAAAUGUAAACAAUGAUUCGCCUAUAACCUGAGUAUCAGGGUUUCCUUAGGGAUCAGGAGAGAGGAGAUUUGAGAUUUGAAGGGGAAGGGGGAGAGAGAAAGGAAGCUGUCGCUGUCUCCCCUUUUUGCUUCUCUCUUCUCCUUCCCCCUACCCCCAUUACCUGCUCGGGUUUAUCAUUCAUAGAUUUAUUCUUAGCGGAGUAAUUGCUAUUAAAUAGCCAGAAUAUACUGUGGAUAUGAGUUAUAUACUGUAGACAUAGGAAACAAGAUACUGUAAGUUAAACUGUGAGAACUUAG